AAAUAAAAAAAACACACCGCCUGCAACGGGAUUUAAGUGUUUUCGGUGUCGUGUCGCGUUUUUACGAAAUUAACGAAAGUGAGGUAAUAAGUGAGGCCAAUCCCGCGCCCACCGCAUCCCAUCCCGCACGGGAUGUGCACCGUAAUCGAGCGGUGGCCACUGUAGCCGUAGGGAGCCGAAAACCAAAAACGCACAGCCGUACGGGGCUGGAGGAGAAGCCAGAGGAGGAGAAUACAUACCUACGGUGCACGCAUCAGUCAGUAACCGAAACAAAGCACGCACGCAAUGAAUCCGAAUGAGCUGGACAUGGAGCAGCGGUAUCAGGCCGAGCUGGAGCGUGCGAUGGCACUUAGUCUGGAGACACACGAGCUGGAAAAGAUUUCGGCCAAACAGCGGCAAAUUGCGCCCGAGAUGGCCCGUGAUCCGAAGUGCCUCGAAGAGUACCGUGCCUAUCUGAAACGUCGUGUUGCUUGUGGCACCGGCAGCAUCGUUGGAGGAGGAGGAUCGCCAACGCCAGUCGCUUCGAGUGGUACGGGUCCGGUAAGACGGCACAGUGAUUGCCGUACUCCGGCCACACUACAGGCAACGGCCUCACAAUCAGCGGCGACGUCCACGUUGAGUCGAGACGAGGCCGAUCUCAUUUCCUUCAAUGCCCUGCCGAAACCUCCGGAUCCGAAGGAGGAAGCACGGAACAAUCUCAAAGAGUUGGUCACACAGAUGCACCGCCUCAACACACAAGCGUCUGCUCCGACCUCUGGCAGUUUGUACGAUGUUGGCUUUAAACCACAGCGAAGUCUUAGUGUAUCCGCCGCCACGUAUGGGUUUCAUCCUAAUGUGUACCUUCCGGCACCCGGUACAGGUCCAACGGUGCCAGUACUGCAUCAGGGAGCGUACGGUUCUCAGAUCACGACACCGCCAGUGCCUGCUUCGAUGCAGGUCGUACCGUACAAUCAACAGGCAGCGAAACCGAAACCAUUGACACCGGAGGAACUGCGCCGCUUGUACAAUAGUCCACCAACGUAUGCGGUCGCUACGGCAUCGGGACCACCAGCAUACGGGACAACCGUCGUACCGCCCUUUGGUGGUAUCGUUCCAGUUCCAUCCUUCCAACAGCCUACUCCGGUUGCGUACGUUACGCCACAGCCACAACAAGCACCAUCGCUAGGCACAACACAGCAACCACUGACAGCUGCGACGACGGCAACGACAACCACGACGAUGGUCUACCCAUCGGUACCGCCAAUCCUCGGCGUAACCAACACCGUUACCAAUCCGGAAUCGGCCCUCGUACACGUACCGACCGCAUCGGGGCGAUCACUUUCGCAACCGCAUCCUGGUAGCCUCUCGGUUCCUCAACCACCACAUAGUACCAAUCGGCAACCAUCGCCGGUAAGAGACCAGCAGAACGGUAGCAGCCGAGCUAACCAGGUCAUAUUGCGCCCCAAGAGUGAUCCCACGACGAGCCAGCAACGGUCAGCGGCCAUCGGUACCGAUGGGAAUCUGAUCGAUCUGGGAUACGAGGAGAACUCACGGGUCUCCGUGCUGGAGGCGUUUGAUCCGCUCCUGUGCGGUAAUCGAUCAUCCAGCGGUAGCAGCAGCCUUGGGGACGAAGAGAAAGGUGAUGAUACCGCAUCGACGUACUAUGAGGAUUACGAUCCGUUCGAUUACAUCUACAGCGGUGGCACGCAGUACUCCGAUCCGGUCUACGAUGCCGUCGUCAAUCGGUCACUGUCCGAUAAAACGGCCACACCGCUUUCACCACCGCAGUCACUGUACGGAGCGAUCGGUGGCGUCAUUCCACCCGGUACACCCGGCGCCAUGUCGUUGGCUUCCUAUGCCUGGGUACCGGUACAGGAAUCAGGCUUUUCGCCAACGACAGAAGAGGCCACCGCCGGUGGUGCUGGAGAGCCACCGCCCUUGCCACCGCGUAACUCUACCGGAAGCUUCUAUCACACGAUGCUACGGGGAGUGCCAGCGAACGCCGAUAUGCAACCCACUUACGAGGUAAUGCAGCGAACGCAAGUCACCGGUGCGACAGAGCGUCGUACCACACCGUACAAGCUGUACGAGAACGUGGUUAUCUCCAAGAGCUACGACAAGGAACUGAUUGCGUUCUACAAUGCAGUGAAGCAGUUGAGAGGACGAUUCCAUCACAAUGAUGCACAAACGAACGUAGGCCACGUGGUGGCGGCCGUCUUCGAGAACCGCUAUCCGCAGGGAACGAGCAUCAAGCUACUGGUCCAUCCGUCGCUCGAUUGCUUCCCCGGUGGGCGGCACGAACAGCCCCAGAAGGGCCAACUCGAUGGGUACAGCGUACCGAUUCCCUUUACCUGUGAUAUUACGACGACGGUCGAGCAUGUGAUCGCGCAGGUGUACUGUGCGCUCGAAGGUCAGAUCGCGAAUACGGUCAGUGAUUACGUGCUGAAGGCGAUCGGUAUCCAGGAGAUACUGGACACACGUUCGCGCCUCAAUCAACUACAGUGCGUACACGAUAGCAUCAAGCUCGAGCACGACGUUCAGCUGGGGCUAGUGCCGAAAACGGCUCGCAUCAUGAACGUGAUCGCACGGACGGCACACGACGAUGCCCAGGAUGCGGAACUACGGCACGAGCACCUGCUACCAAAGGAAACAUCCCAUGCGAUAGGCUACGACGAUCUGAUGAUACUGCUCGAAACGCUCGAAGCCGAGAUCGAGAAGCUGCUUUCGUCGGCCGAGGAUGGUCCCUCCGGUCGUACGAUCCUUAGCUGCUCCGGUGUGAUACAGGCCGUGAAGGCGAUCUGCAAUCUACUCGGACCACUCGAUACGCUCGACAUAGCGAAAGCGAUCGAGGAUUUGCGAACGUGCUGUGAUCACGGCCAGACCGUGUACAGCUACGGGGAAGAUAAGCAAACGUACAGCAACGGUAGCCUAGCGAUCGUGUCCGAGAGUGGUGAUUACGCGGAAGUGAAACUACGACCACGUACGAUCGCCGAACAGAUACGCUAUCGCUGCAACGAGGUUCGGAACAGCAUCCAGAGUUUGCUGGAGAUCUACACGCAAGCAUUCCGCGUGAACUUCUGUGUCAAUGUGCCCGAGUACUCGGCCAAUCCGAUCUCGAUCUGCAACAUCUCGCAAUCGGUGAUGGUGAAUGUGUCAUGUUUGCAUCGGCCACCGGUAAAUUGGACGCACGACGAAUACAAUCUUGGCGUGCAGAUCUAUCACGGUGCCCGGUACAUUAGUGAACCGUACGUGGUGCAGUGUUCGAACGAACUGUCCGGUAUCUAUCCGCGGUUAACCUUCAACUCAUGGAUUAUGUUCCGGAAUCCGGUGUGCACGUUGCCCCGCGAGGCACGGCUAGUGCUGGUGCUAUACGGUUGCAUUCGUGAGCCGGUUGAUGGCACAACGGAUGCUAGUGGAGGAGCAGGACCCGGUACCAGUGGCCCCGUUGGUAACGCGGAUGAUGGUGCUAGGGGUCGCAUGACGCAGAUCGAGCUCGGGUGGUGCUCGAUACAGUUUUUCGAUUUCGAACGCAAGAUGAUUCAAGGAUCUUACCUGUUGCCGAUGUGGCCACCGACGACGGAUAAGUACUUCGGGCCGGCACCAUCGAAAGGCACGUACCCGAUCGGGGGGAGCUUUCCCAUACUGGGCAUCGAAAUCCCAAGCUACGGAGGAGCUGUGGUGUUCCCGGAACCAAUCCGCAAUCUGCCGCGAGCCGUGAAGCUGGAUUUCCACAGUCUUGAUCGCAAUCUGCAGCAGGAGUUGAUCGAUACGGCCGAGCAAGGCUACUCACCGGAUAAGCUCGAGAAGCGUGAGGUACUGUGGGAGAAGCGUCACUAUCUGCACACCUUCCCACACGCACUGCCCAAGAUUCUGCAUGCCGCUCAUAGCUGGGACUAUGCGUGUUUGGCCGAUUUGCACGCGUUGCUGAAAUCCUGGACGGCACUGAGUCCGGUACAGGCACUGGAACUGUUGUUACCACGCUAUCCGGAUCUCGAGGUACGCCGGCAGGCGGUCGAGUGGAUCUCCGCGAUGCCAAACGAUGAGUUUGUCGAUUACCUACCGCAGUUGCUGCAAGCACUGAAGCACGAUACAUACGAAGGGUCACCGUUAGCGAUACUACUGCUUGGCAAAUCCCUCGAGUCACCACGUAUCGCGCAUCAUCUGUACUGGCUGCUGCUACACAGCUUACCAGGGGAAGCACCCCAGAACAUUCUCGAAACGGCUGGACACGCCGGCGAUGAGGUGCUGAUGAAUCAAGCCCGCUACCAUCGGCGCAAUCAGCUGAUGCUUCGUGCGCUGCUGGCAAUCUGCGGCGAGAAGCUGACGGCACGGUUCCUGUCGCAGAACAUGAUGUGCAAACGGUUAGGGGAGGUAGCGCAAAGUGUGAAGCACGCCAAGGAAUCGCAUCGACUGACAAUCCUGAAGCAGGGUCUAGAAUCCGUCAACCAAAUGCUGAUCGAUAAUCCGACCGUACUACCGCUGGAACCGGGAGCUGAAGUGACCGGUGUGGUCGUGCGCAGCUGUAACUACUUCAACUCGAACACGCUUCCGCUGAAGAUCAACUUUUCAGGUCCGGAUCGGGGGGUGGUACCGGCCAUAUUCAAAGCGGGAGACGAUCUGCAACAGGACAGCUUAACAAUCCAGAUGGUGCGCAUCAUGGACAAGAUGUGGCUGCGUGAAGGGCUCGAUCUAAAGAUGGUCACAUUCAACUGUGUCCCGACGGCGUACAAGCGCGGUAUGAUCGAGCUCGUUUCGGACUCGGAAACGCUACGCAAGAUACAGGUCGAAUGGGGUGUGACCGGCUCGUUCAAGGACAAAUCGAUCGCGGAAUGGUUAGCAAAGCAGAAUCCGAGCCAGCUGGAGUACCAGCGGGCGGUGGAGAACUUUACGCGCUCCUGUGCCGGCUACUCGGUGGCCACCUACAUACUCGGCAUUUGUGAUAGGCAUAACGAUAACAUUAUGCUCAAAACAUCCGGCCAUCUGUUCCACAUCGAUUUCGGGAAGUUCCUGGGCGAUGCGCAGAUGUUUGGCAACUUUAAACGUGAUCGAACGCCCUUCGUGCUGACGUCCGAUAUGGCGUAUGUGAUAAAUGGUGGUGAUCGGCCAUCGGCCAAAUUCCAUCAGUUCGUAGAUCUGUGCUGUACGGCGUUUAACAUCGUACGCCGGCACGGUGAUCUGCUGCUGCACAUGUUCGCCCUGAUGACGACCUCGGGCAUUCCAGGUGUGACGGUCGAGGCGGUUAACUACGUACGCAAUGCGCUGCUCCCCGGCCAAUCAAACCCAGAGGCGGCCGCCACGUUCGCUAAGAUGAUCCACAUUUCGCUCAAGUCGUGGUUCACGCAGUUCAACUUCUUCCUGCACAACAUCGCCCAGAUGAAGUUCUCGUCCGAAACGGAUGAUGGUGAGCUGCUGAGCUUUAUACCAAGAGUGUACACGAUGGCACAGGAUGGACGCCUCAAAUCGGUUACGGUGCAUGGGUUUCAAAAGCGGUAUGAUCAGGAAAAGUAUUACACCUACAUUCUGAAGGUGACACGCCAGAACCAGCCCGACCCAGCAUACCUGUUCCGUUCGUACAAGGAGUUCUGCGAAUUCCAUCAGAAGCUCUGCAUUCACUUUCCACUUGCCAAGCUACACAGCCUUCCAUCCGGUAUUCACGUGGGUCGCUCCAACGUCAAGGUCGUCGCGGAGCGCCGUCUUCCCGAGAUACGCCAGUUUCUCAUUUCGUUGUUUAAUUCGGCCGAUGAAAUCGCACAUUCCGAUCUAGUUUAUACGUUCUUCCAUCCGCUGCUGCGUGACCAACAAGAGGCCGACAUACACGCGGCUAAGGUGAAAGGCAACCCGGCAGCGAUCGAGGACAGUCAACCGCCACAGCUCGGUGGCAAGAUAAAGAUUUCACUGCAGUAUCACCGCGACACGCUGAUCGUGAUGAUCCAUCACGCUCUGUCCCUACCGACGACCCCGAACGGACAGCCACCGAACACGUAUGUGAAGGUGUACCUCAAACCGGACGGCUCGAAGACGACCAAGCGCAAAACUAAGGUCGUCCGGAAAAACUGCAAUCCUAGCUUUAUGGAGACGCUGGAGUAUCGGCUACCGAUCGAGUUUAUUCAGAAAAAAGUACUACACGUGACGAUCUGGUCGCACGAUUCACUUCAGGAGAAUGCAUUCCUCGGUGGCUUCGAGCUGCCGCUGGCGGAGAUCGAUCUUCGACAGGAAACGCUCCAAUGGCACCAGCUGGGAUACCUGACCCGAUCCUAAAUCCCGGUUUUUCCGUUUUCCCAAUUGAAAUAGCUUUCCUUCCGUAUUUCGUACGUGUGUGUGUGUUAAUUUGCGUAAUUAAUUGUACGUGUUUAUUGGUUGUGUAAGAUAUGUAUAUCUAUGCGCUUCGAAUGCACAUACGGAGGUAAAGAACGAAGGACUGCAUAAGCAUUUACCAGCACAAUGCGGCGUGGCGCAUCCUUGUGCUCCAGGCUCCUUGGUAGCUAAGCUGCAUGUGCAUAAAGCGCAUUUUACAGCACCGCAUCUGUCGCUAACAUGUUAGUGUGCUUUUCAUGCUUUUUUCUUUCUUUCCAGUAGUUUUGUGUUAAUAAAAAAAGAUUGUAUUUUUUUUAUUUAUAACCUCUUUUAUCACCAUUUUUCUGAUCCACCACCAGCAGAGUGAUACUGAAAGUAAACUAACGAGCUGACACGGCGACAACGAAACUAUAUAUGUCGAAUGUACCCCGAACCACAAAGAUGAAGGCAAGAGCCUAAAUAUAUAUCCUUAAU